AUGGAGCUGCCUUUUGGAUUGGGGAGUAGAACACACAUGAAGUUCACGUCUCUUAUUUUCUUCAUCUUCUGUUGCUGCAGCUUUGUAUGGAGAUCAGAAGCUGACUGUCUCACGCCUCAGAGAGGGGAAACAAGUGUUUUGACCGACCAGGCGCACUUGAUGGAUGAUUUUCCAGAGGGUUCCAAAGUCACCUUGGAGUGUCGCAACGGCUACGUAAAAGAGGCAGGCUCGGAUGCUAUAUAUUGCCAGGGAGGCAAAUGGACUGCAAUUGAGCUCGUCUGCAAAAAGUUCGACUGUGGUGUCCCUCAACCUCAGCCCAACAUGAUCUUUAACACCAGUGCUGGAACCCUCUUUGGCGACAUUAUGACAGUCAGCUGCGAUAAAGGUUACCAGAUCAGCGGGACAAGCUACAAGCAGUGCUUCCCUCGAGGGUGGCUGGGAAGAGCCCAGUGUCACAUUAGAAAGUGCAAGUUUCCCGCAGAGGUGAACAAUGGGAAAUGCUUGUGGGCUUCACAAGACCCCCCGACGUACGGCGAGAGCAUCAAGUUUGAAUGUGACGAAGGCUUUGUGCUGACUGGAAACUCCACCAUCCAAUGUGGCGAGACGGGUGAAUACAAUUCCCCGCCACCUGAAUGCAAAGACAUUUCGACGACAGCUGCUCCAACGACCACGGCGGCUCCACCGACCACGGCGGCAGCAGCAGCAGCUCACAAAGAUAAAAUUAUCACACACAACGCAGAAGUCACCACGCGUCAAGAAAUACAUGACAAAGCCAAAGAUUCCAACAAGGAUGUUGAUCAUUUCCCUGUUAUAAUCGGCGCGGUGGUCGUAUGCCUUGUGGUAUGCAUCGGUGCGAUCUGUCUGCAUAGGCACUUUCUCAAAAGGAAAGGCUCGUAUAACACCAGAGAAGAUCUGAAGCCCAAAUUGUUUCUCUUCCAAAAUGCGUAG